AUGGAUAACAGGGCACACCGAACCCCCUCGCCGGGGCAUCCUCUUCAGCAUGGUUACCAACUGGACGAUAACCCCUACGAUGACCGCCAUGCGACCCAUCUUCAGAUGCCUACGGGACCAACCCGUUACCAUAGCCCAAGCGACAACUUGCAGCUGAACGCUGCGCACUCCGUCGACAACUUUAGCAACACUCACGGACGAGCUGACUAUGCCGUCAAUCCGGAACAGCACCAUGACGCCUAUUAUAACCAACCGUACGAACCCGACCACCACGAAGGCUACGGCUACGAUGAUAACAGGCCAAUGCUCACUCACCAGGAGUCGAACAUGAGCGAAGCCUACCGAGACCCUGUUGACCAUCAGGCCGCACAGGCUCAGCAGCAGCCUGUCCAGGGUGGUGGACUGAAGCGCGGGAAGACAAUCAAGCAGGUACUGCUCUAUCGUGGUAACCUUGUCCUUGAUUGCCCUGUACCGCCCAGGCUUCUCAACCAGCUCCCCCACGGUGAGCGCGACGAGUUUACUCAUAUGCGCUAUACCGCCGCGACGUGCGACCCCUCCGAGUUCUACGAGACCAACUUCACCCUGCGCCAGAAGCUCUUUAGUAAGCCCCGCCCGACCGAGCUCUUCAUCGUUGUCACCAUGUAUAAUGAGGACGAGAUCUUGUUCGCGAGAACAAUGAUGGGUGUUUUCAAGAACGUCGAGUACAUGUGCAACCGUGCCAACAGCAAGACCUGGGGCAAGGAUGCCUGGAAGAAGAUUGUGGUCUGCGUUGUGAGCGACGGCCGUGGAAAGAUCAACCCCAGGACCAGGGCGCUUCUUGCUGGUAUGGGUGUUUACCAAGAAGGCAUUGCCAAGCAGCAAGUCAACAAGAAAGAUGUCACGGCCCAUAUCUACGAGUAUACCACGCAGGUGGGCAUGCAGAUCAAGAACGAUGUCGUUCAACUCAUCCCCAAGCAGCAACCGGUGCAGAUCCUAUUCUGCCUGAAGGAAAAGAACCAGAAGAAGAUCAACUCCCAUCGGUGGUUCUUCCAAGCCUUUGGCAGAGUUCUCGAUCCAAACAUUUGCGUCCUCCUUGACGCCGGUACAAAGCCAGGCGGCCGAUCGAUUUACGACUUGUGGAGGGCCUUCGAUCUCGAACCUAUGUGCGCUGGCGCUUGCGGAGAGAUCAAGGCUAUGUUGGGAACAGGUGGCAGAAACCUGAUCAAUCCCCUCGUGGCAACACAGAACUUCGAGUACAAGAUGAGCAACAUCCUAGACAAGCCGCUCGAGUCUGCUUUUGGUUUUAUUUCCGUGUUGCCCGGUGCCUUCUCUGCCUACCGGUAUGUGGCCCUCCAGAACGAUAAGAAUGGCCAGGGCCCGCUGGAGAAGUAUUUUGCAGGUGAGAAACUGCAUGGUGCUGGGGCUGGUAUCUUCACUGCCAACAUGUACCUCGCCGAAGAUCGUAUUCUGUGCUUCGAGCUUGUCACCAAACGCAACUGCCACUGGAUUUUGCAAUACGUCAAGUCUGCUACUGGCGAGACCGAUGUGCCUGACACAGUCCAGGAACUGGUCCUGCAGCGACGCCGCUGGCUGAACGGUUCCUUCUUCGCCGCUAUCUACGCCAUUGCCCAUUUCCACGAUUUCUUCCGCUCUGAUCAUUCCAUCUUCCGGAAGCUAAUGUUCUUCAUCGAAUUCGUCUUCAACACCAUUAACAUGAUUUUCGCUUGGUUCGGUCUCGGUAACUUCUUCCUCGUGUUCAAGAUUCUGACGACAAGUUUGGCCGAGGAGGAGCUUCUCGGGCAAGUUGGUAAUAUCCUGGGUAUCGUGUUCGCUUGGUUAUACGGCAUCUCUCUAAUGACUUGCUUCGUCCUUUCCAUGGGUAACCGUCCCGCGGGAUCCGGCAAGUUCUAUGGUAUCAUGGUUUAUUUCUGGGCUAUCAUCAUGAUUUAUCUCAUGUUCGCUGCCAUCUACAUCUCCGUCCACGCUAUCCUCAAAGAUAUCAACGACGAAAACGGUUUCAGUCCCGAGGAUUUACUCAAGAACCCAGUCUUCUACAAUCUGAUCAUCUCAGUCACCGCCACGUACGGAAUCUGGUUUAUCGCAUCACUCCUCAUGUUUGAUCCCUGGCACAUGGUUACCUCGCUGAUCCAGUACGUCUUGCUCACCCCGACAUACGUCAACGUCCUCAACGUGUACGCCUUCUGCAACACCCAUGAUGUCUCGUGGGGCACCAAGGGCGACGACAAGGCGGAGGCUCUCCCGUCCGUCUCCACCAAGGAUGGCGCCGGUAAAACAGAUCUUCCCGACGAGACCGAUCUCGAUGCUCAGUACAUGAAGGAAUUGUCCGUCUUCCGUGAGAAGCCCAAGGUUGUGAAAACGACACCCACACCUGCGCAGUUGGAAGAGAAGCAGAUGGACUACUACCGCGCCAUUCGAUCCAUUACCGUGCUCGGUUGGAUGAUCUCCAACUUUGCUCUUAUCGCUGCUGUCCUCUCGGCUGCCGGUCUUGACCAUAUCAGCCCCAACCAGACUGAUGGCGAUCAGCGCGUCAACAUCUACAUGAGUGUCGUCCUCUGGAGUGUUGCUGGACUGAGUGCUUUCAAGUUCAUUGGCGCCAUGUGGUUCCUUGUGGUUAGGAUGUUCCGCGGUGUAUAA